AACUACAGACUGUCUGUAUGCAGAUGAAACUACAGACUGUUUAUAUGUAGAUGAAACUACAGACUGUCUGUAGUUAGAUUUAACCGCGGACUGUAGAAGCUGAACGAGCGACAGAAGCGUUCCUCCUCCUCUUCCUCCUCCUCUUCCUCGCUCAGGUGUUUAAAGUCUCAUGGAUUCUGCAGGUGGUCAGCGUGGGCGUGACGCUCCGAGGCGUUCCCCUCUCGACAUCAUCAUGAGUCAGAUACGCCGGAAGCGCACGGCCUCCGACAGGAAGCCACUGGGACGCUUCCUGUCCCGGACGUCGGAGCGGACGGGGGGGAUUCCUGAGGACGGGGAGUCGGGGGGGCGGGAGGAGAGAGCACCGAGCUCAGGUGCAGCAGAGGACGAGCCAGACGUCAGCUGGGGUCGAGUGUGUGUUUUCCUGCAGAGGCUCGGGAAGAAGGCCGACAGCAGGAGCCUCAGUCUGGCUCACUGUGAUGUGACCGCUACAGACCUGCUGGAGCUAGCCACGUUGCUCCAGUUCCUGCCUCAGCUGGAGGAGAUGGACGUUUCCUGGAACGAGCUGAUUGGUGGAAGUCUGCAGGCGCUGACCUCUCACCUCCAUCUUGUGGGCGGGGCCAGGACGCUGAGGCUGUGCGGCUGCAGGCUGAACGCUGAUGAUGUCACUGCACUGGGUGAAGCCCUCAGCUGCGUCCCACACCUGGAGAUCCUGGAUCUGUCCUGGAACGGAGGGGUGGGAGGCGGAGGGUUGCAAGGCCUCCUGGGUAAAGUUCCCCCCCAACUGAGGGAGCUCCGCCUGGUUUCCUGUCAGCUCUCUGCAGCUGAUGCUUCGGCUCUGGGGGGGGUUCUGUCCUCUCUGAACAGACUCUCGGUGCUGGACGUCUCCUGUAACCCUCGUCUCUCGCAGGACGGGGGCGGCGGCUUCAGCGACCUGGCCGCCGCCCUCUGCCACGCCCCCUCCCUCACCACACUUGGACUGCAGGCCUGUGGUCUGUCCCCCAGCUGCCUGGACGCUCUGGGUGGUUCGCUCCGCCACCUCCCCUCAGUGCGAGAGAUGGACCUGUCCUGUAACAAGGGACUCUCUGGAGGACUGCACCACCUCAGCGUCCACCUGGCUCACCUCCCACGCCUGGAGAGCCUGGACCUCCACCUGUGCUGUCUCACACACACUGACCUGGAGGCCCUCAUCCAGGUGCUUCCCUCUCUGACGGCGCUCACAGAGCUCAACGUGUCGUCCAAUCAGGAGGCAGGGGCGGUCCUUCACGCUCUGGUCUCCGCCCUCCCUCUGACGCAGAUGAAGCGUCUGCCGCUGAACAGCUGCCGCCUCAGUGAGGAGUCCUUCACCGCUCUGGCUCUGGCUGUGCCCUUCCUCCACACUGUGGAUGUGUCCUGGUGCAAAGCGGUGGGCGGUCGCGUUGCUCUGCUUCUGGACGCUCUGCAGCCGGCGCUCGUCCAGGAGCUUCGUCUCAGCAGCUGUGAGCUCUCCACCGAGGACCUGGUGCACUUAGCCGUGGUCUGCAGACGUGGUUGUAUGUCGUCUCUACUGGUUCUGGAUCUGUCCUACAACGGUUCGGUGGGCGCCGCCGGCUGGUCCGCCCUGUUUGAGGCCGGAGGCCUGGGCUCGCUGGAGGACGUCGACCUCAGCCUGCGACCUUCGACCUCGGCCUCCUGCUCGGCCUGGCUGCCGGCGCUGCUCUGUGCUCUGCCUCGCCUGCCGGCGCUGACCCGGCUGGCCAUGCAGCGCUGGACCAUGAGCUCCCGGGAGCGACAGCAGCUGAGCCACAGCGCCAGGAAACGGAACGUCCUGCUGGAGCUGGAUCCAGAAUCUAAAGACGCAGCUUCAUCAGGUCCGACGACCAAUCAGGAGAGUCCAGAGGAGUAGGCACCUGGUAGAGAAUGUUAAUCUGACGUCAGUUAUCAAACCUGGAAGAUUCAACAGAGCAUUAAAAUAAAUAUCGUAAAUAUAAACUAACUUUGUGAUCCCAACAGAUUUAUUCUCACAACACAGAGAAAUGUGGAUCUGAUGCUUUUGUCGUCUCAGGUCUGGAAAAUACUACAAAUCAUUUUCAGGUGUUUUUCAUUUAGAAACUUUUUAGAAACUUUCUGAGCAAAUUUAGAAUCCACAGCUUCGGCUGAACCGACAGAUACAGAGACUACAAAUCAAAGUAUUGGUCAAAUGUUUCAUUGACAAGAAGUCGUCCUUAAAGUACUGAGUUAGUAUUUAGUUAUUACAGCUGCAGAAUAAGAACCGGGUGGAGAACAUGUCAUUGGUUCAUCCAGUUCAACACAUAUGAUUUUAGGUCAGGAUCAUGUUUGAUUGACAGUCGGUGCUGAAGUUCAUAGAUGAAGUUAUAGAUACUUAAAUUGUUUCACUUUUAGCACAAUGUACUUUUACAAGUUGAAUCUGUGCAUUAAAGAUUAAACUGUAAACAUGAAGCUGGAAUAAAGGUUUUCAUAUUUGAUAAAGAAUUUAGUUUAAUGUUUAGAAGAUUAUCCAACUAAUCUAUAUCGCUGCUAAUGUUUAGAAAUGAACCCGAACCUUUGACAUUUGACAGUGAAAGUGUGAAAACACAUUCUGAAGAUGAGAAUUAUAACGAUAACUUCUCCAUAAGCGUCAUCAUUCUGGGUAUUUUCACAUCCAUGACCCACAGGAUUUUAUAUAAGUUUAAAAUGAUAUAUCAAUACUUGACAAAUCUGUCCAAGUGAACUUUUCAAUUAUUAAGAAACUUUUCUUGUUACUUUUCUCCUUUGUUAAAUAUAUAUUAUUGACAUAAUAUGUUUGUUUGUUUUAACUUUUAAUUUCUGGUUAUUUCAGUUCGUGGUUAUCGACUCACUCUGACAAUCAUUUCUCUUAAACGUGCGUUUUCAUUUUUAUCAGCUUUUCCCCUGAAAGAUUGUAUUUGAAAGUUUCUGAUGUAAGUUAAUAUUCAGUUACAGUUAAAACAUUUCAAGCACCUUUGCAGCAUCAGUUUGUUUUUACUUUUAUACUGAAAUCAAAGUUAAAGUAUUUUGUUUCCAUGAAGAUGAGAAUUUGAAUGAAGACAGGAUUCAGAAACCCACAGUAAUAAUAAAAGUAUAUAAGCAAAGUUUAGUAAAACUGCAAUAAAUUCAAUAAUUAACAAGCCUCAUUUUUUGUCACAUCCACUGAGACAAACACUUUGUUUUAUUUUCCUUGUUCAGCUUUGAUACAGUAGUGAAGUUGGGACUUUCUGUACAAGUGAUGCAGACGUUUGAUCCAAAAAUAAAAUAAAACCAUGAAACAAACAAACAGCUAAAUUCAAGUUGACAGAAAAUCUUUGACGUAUUUUUUUAAACUUGAAGCACAAACAUUUUUUCUAAAACCUGAAACAGUUGCUUUAAAAAGCAAACGCUAACUUAAGGAAAGGACACUGAAGCAAAAAGGUUGGUUUGCAUUAACAGAGCAGUGGUCACAUGUCAAACACCUACAGGUGACGAGGGGUCAAUAGAAUAAUUACUAAGCUCCUAACUACAGACAUAUCUAUGAAAACAAUGUCUGUUCCCUUACACAUCAACAUUUAGAUCGGAUUAAAAUCUUGUGUUAGUAGCUCAUCUGGAGCUGAGCUGUAAAAUGAAAGAAGCUCCAGACGCACGUCUCUGUCCAGGAAGACGUUGAAUCUGUUUCUCAUGAAGUCUUAAACUCAUGGAUCUCUGCAGGGACGUCACAUGACACGGGUCUAACGAGGAGGGAUUCAGAUUGUGAAGAACAUUUCCACCUCUUAGCAGAUUGUACUGAUUUAACUCAAGAACCUUAAACUGUGACAGAUGCACAGACUAGAUUCUGAAAUUAUCCCGACCUCUGAACUCUGGGUGAUCUUUCACAAAGUUCUAAAAUCUGUAAAGCUCUUAAAUCAAAAUGAGCGAAUAGAAGACAUGACCAGAAGACUCCUGCUGCUUGCAGACACAGACUGAACUCUGGGUAAUCUCCUGAAAUGAUCCAGAGGGGCAUGUACGUCUGGAAGCGUGGCUGAGUUGAAAUGAGUUUAGGGAGAGAUGUGAGGAGGUCACCUACGUUCGAAGAGAAACUGGGAUUUAAUGGAAAGACAAUAACCUGCAGAUUCCUGGAGAUGUUUUGUUCAGACAGAUAAUUCUGCCCUCAUGUUCCAAUCUGUGAAAACUGCUCCAGGAUCUAGACGUGGAGUUCCAUCGCUUUCUUUUGGAUUUCCUGUUUUAAUUGACGAUGUGACUUUUCCUCCUGGUGGAAAUGAGACUCAAGAGAA